AUGUCAAGGAGUGGUGGCAAGCAGAUAGAGGGCGAUGGGGCUGUCCUUGAGCAGGGUGGCAAGAGACAGUUGGCGGGUGGCGAAACAGGGAGAAUGGAAUUGCAAGAGGCUUUCGGCAUUGGCGAGGAGGCAGGCAACUUGCACCUGAGCAACAGGCGCCAAGCAAACGUCGACAAGGAGGUAGGCGGCUUGGGCAGCAAGUGCCUGGCGGGUGUCGGUGAUGAGGCAGACUGCUUGGGCUCUGCUGGUGAGGCAGGCGCGAACGUUGCGAGUGUGGGUGUUGCAGGCACCUCUGGCAUUGGUGUGCUGGGGCUGGCACGGGCAAGCGCAAGUAGGGGUGCAGGAGCUGGCGAGGAUGUAGUGCACUACACAACGGUGAUGAUGAGUUUUGAUUCGAAGUUGUUGGAAUUUGAACUGCAAGACUCACACCCAGCUAAGGGGGCUCUGGCUUACUUGUAA